AUGAGUUCCGAAUUAGUUUGGGCUAUCGUCAAGAACAACAACUCUUUCCUUGUCAAGCGUGACAAUGCUCAAUUCUCUGCUGAGCCCUCCAACUUGAUGAACCUCAACUCUUUCAAGUACUCUGGCAUUGCCAACUACAAGAAUGUCGCCAUUCAACCUGCUGCUCGUGGUGUUCGCGUCACUUUGCACAAGGCCAAGAAGGAGCAACUCCCCGCCAAGUCUACCAACACCGUUGUCAUCGCAAAGACUCGUCGUCAAACCGCCAAGUCUGUUGCCAACUUGAUUGCCCGUGCCACCAAGUACAGACCUGACCUCCGUGCUGCUGCUCUUGCCCGUGCCUCUGCUAUCAUCUCUUCCCAAAAGCCCGUCAAGGCUCAAAAGAAGCGUGAAGCUAAGGGUGUUCGUGCCAACAAGGCUUAGACUGGGUGUGGUGUAUAUGUGUGUGUAUAAAUAAAAACGACCUUUUUUUAUUUAUUCAGGCGCUCUUCAAGCGUUUUUAAUCUAUUUUCGAGUGUUUCAAUCUCUUUGUCAGAUUCGAUUCUGUAUUCUUGAAAUUCAUAAUGCUGCCAAAGUAAUUGCCAAGCUAGAUUCGUAGUGGAUGCCAGAACGAUGCAUCGGACAAGUGGUGUUCCAUAACGAUAAUAAAAUGAGUCUUUUGAUGAUGAAGUAGAGUAGGCUCGACGUACGACGUGUCGUGUUGUUGAAUUGAGGAUGAACAUUUGGUACAAACACACGCACAGGCAGAAGGGAU